GGGUUUGGCGGGGGGACACGGCGUGGGCACCCAGCGGGACGGACCCAGCCCGUUCCAGCGCUCCGGGGAGGGCUGCGGGGCACGGGGGCUCCUCCGGCUGUGCCAGGCUGGCGGUGGGGCAGCGGCACGGGGGGCACCCACCCCCGGCAAUGCCCGGCCGCAGGGUCGUUCCCCCCGAUCCUGGCCGGAGGUUGGGCUCGGAGCCCCCCGUUUUUGGGGGGCUGCCCCGCUCCUCCCCGGUGCAGCAGGAAGUGCCGGCCGGACUUUGGUCCAUCCGGUGUCGCCGGCGCAGGGGCAGGGGAAGGAACUUUUCCUGUUUGCCGGAGCGGUGGGUGCCGUGCCGCCGGCGUGGGGACUCUCCCGGGGCUGGUACAGGGCUGUGCUCAGGCCACAGCCCCUCGUGGGCGGCCACCUGCUCCUGUCCAGGCCGUGCCACCCCGCCCAGGUGUCCCCAUGGAGUGACCCUGUGCCGCUGUGCCAGCACGGGGGGACGCUGGCUGCCUGCACCAUGAGCGACUUCUGGCACAAGCUGGGCUGCUGCGUGGUGGAGAAGCCCCAGCCCAAGAAAAGGAGGAGACGGAUCGACCGCUCCAUGAUCGGGGAGCCCAUGAACUUCGUGCACCUGACACACAUCGGCUCCGGAGACAUGGCUGCGGGAGAGGGGCUGCCCAUGACUGGUGCUGUGCAGGAGAUGAGGUCCAAGGGCGGCCGGGAGCGACAGUGGAGCAACUCCCGUGUGUUGUAGCGUAUUCCUGGCUUUUUCAGCCCAAACUUGAACUGCCUGAUCCCCCGCUGGAGGAGAAGCCGACCUGGAGUGCUUUAACCCCGCGGUAUUUAUGCAGCACCAUCCUCACCCAGCUCCCGGUGACUUUGGGCCGUCGUCCCUCUGGAGGAUCCCUCCUUCCCGGAGGCGCUGGCCGGUGACACGGGGAGGGAGCGGGGACAGCAGCCCCCAUCUCCUGCCCCGCCUGGAGAGGACACAGCCACCCCCGAAAGAUGCCAGGAGCUGCCAGGCGCAGCCCACGUGUGCCAAAUCCUCCAGUUUGCCCUUUUUCCACUCCCGUGUCUCCCAUGGGCUGCGUGGUGGUGCCUCAGUUUCCCCAGGGAAUCAGUCACGGUGCAGAGGCAGAUUUGGUGCCUCCCACAACAUCACAGAGGAGCAAAACCAGGAUUAAGCCCUGAUAUUCUGGUGCCAAACCAGAAUUAAACCCACGAUGUUCUGGUGUGGGACCAGGAUUCGAUGUCAAACUGGGAUUAAACCCCAAUUCUUUGGAGCAAAAUCGGGAUUAAGCCCCGAUGCUCCGGUGCCAAGCCAGGAUCAAACCCCAGUGCUCGGUGUCUCAGGCCACCGAGCCCACAGUGCCUCCAGCCGGCAUUGCCACCGCCGCCAAGCUCCCACCGCCCUCCUUUUUGUAGGAUAUGUUCUUGUUUUUAAGCUCCCAAACCCACCUGAGCAGCCCCUGUGGCCUCGGGCAGGACCGUGCUGGGGUCCCCUCCACCCAGGAUUGUCCCCGAGGCCGGACAGGGCCUGACCCGAGAAGGGCUCCGGAAUUCAGGCGCGGGUGUACAUAGUUUAAUUAGCGCCAGGAUUAAAUAUUAAAUAGCA